GUUCAUGUCACCAUUGUCCACCAUCUAACCACCGUUGCAUCACCAGAGCAUCUUUAAAAGACAACCAGAGGGCCUCUCGCCUCACGUCAGUCACCAUCAUGGCGACCACAACAUCAUCCCAGCUCGGGCGGGCAUCAGACUUUGUCCGCCCAGAUUUCCACCAGGUCAACCUCGACAUUGAGGGCUACCUGAAGCAGGAGAAGAACCUCAAGCUUGAUUCAGAUGACCAGAUCUGCCGCAUGAACCUCACGCCGCUGGGCUGUCCACUCGGCCCGCUCGAGUGCCCGCUGCGGCAUACGACCCCAGCGCCGAUCAACUUCAAGCCGCCGCCACCGCUGCCGACGCAUCCGCGCGAGCGCGAGAAGAAGACGACCGUGUGCAAGCACUACCUGCGCAACCUGUGCAAGGUAGGCGACAACUGCGAGUACACGCACGACUGGAACCUGCGCACCAUGCCCGUCUGUGUGUGGUUUGUCAAGCUGGGCAAGUGCGAGCUCGGUGGCGAGUGCCUGUACUACCACCCGCGGGACCGCCGUGUCGAGUGCCCGGACUACGACCGCGGCUUCUGCCGCCUCGGGCCAGAGUGCCCACGCCGACACGUCCGCCGCACGCUGUGCCAGGCGUACCUCGCCGGCUUCUGCCCCGACGGACCAGACUGCAAGCUCGCCCAUCCCUCGCCGUACCUCCCCAAGCCCGACACAUAUGUCAACCCCACGCCGCCGGAUCCGACCAAGUCGGGCCCGCCACCAAACCUGCCAGCAGGCUACGGACGAUGGCGCGAGUACAAGUACGACCCGAACGCGGUCGUCGUCCCCGCGCCCGCGUGGGCAGAGGGCGGCUCGCUCCAGGGCUGGAGGGCAGGCGGGUUCUUAUCCAACCAUGCGAGACGCGGGUUCCAGGGCGGCGACGGAGGUGGUGGUGGUGGCGGAGGAGGUGGCGGAGGUGGUGGCGGUGGUGGAGACGACGGCGGUGGACGCCGCGGCGGAUGGGUCAAGGACCUCUCGACAGUCUUGUGCUACCGCUGCAACCAGUACGGACACUUUGCCAACACAUGCCCCAACAACGCUGUACCCGGCGACCGUGGUGGCCUGCGCCGCGGUCGUGAUUAGGAGGAGAAGAGAGAAGACGGCGGAGAGAGUAACCUCACACUGUAUAGUAGAUUACAUAGAUCAUGUCAUGGCAGGAGCCACAAAUCAAACAAGA